UUGCCAUUGGCCUCCGGGGCAGCAGCCCUGGUGUGCACGCGAGGCGGGGCUGCAGGCCUGCGCGGGGCUGUAAACAGGGGCGGGCUGUGCCGCUGCGGUGUGACGGCUCCCACCGCUGCCUGAGACGGUGUCCCUGGGUGUCACCAGUGCUCACACCGAUAGGAACCUGCUUCGAUGUACGUGUCAUGGCUUAAAAAUAGCUGCAAUCCACCUGCGCGCUGGGGCGGCGGCGGCGCAGCGGCGGGGGCCGCAAGGGAGCCAUGGGCACCGGACUGCCGGAGCCCACACGCCACCUCAGGAUCUGAGACCCUCGCGACAAAGAGCUACCUGGUGGGUGACUGAGGCCAUCAUCACUGAAGCCACCUCACAGCUGGCCGCAGUUCCUGUCACCUUGGAGAUGUGCCCCGGCAACUGGCUCUGGGCCUCCAUGACUUUUAUGGCCCGCUUUUCCCGCAGCAGCUCAAGGUCCCCUGUUCGUACUCGAGGGAGUCUGGAGGACAUGGCCACUGUCCACCAUCCCUUUCUCAACGUCUUUGAAUUGGAGAGGCUCCUCUACACAGGCAAGACAGCCUGUAACCAUGCCGACGAGGUCUGGCCAGGCCUCUACCUCGGAGACCAGGACAUGGCCAACAACCGCCGUGAGCUUCGUCGCCUGGGCAUCACCCACGUUCUCAACGCCUCACACAGCAGGUGGCGAGGCACCCCUGAGGCCUACAAUGGACUGGGCAUCCGCUACCUGGGUGUCGAGGCCCAUGAUUCACCAGCCUUUGACAUGAGCAUCCAUUUUCAAACUGCUGCGGACUUCAUCCAUCGGGCACUGAGCCAGCCAGGAGGGAAGAUCCUGGUGCACUGUGCUGUGGGGGUGAGCAGAUCUGCCACCCUGGUGCUGGCCUAUCUCAUGCUGUAUCACCACUUCACCCUUGUGGAGGCCAUCAAGAAAGUCAAGGAUCACAGAGGCAUCAUCCCCAACCGGGGCUUCUUGAGGCAGCUCCUAGCCCUGGACCGGAGGCUGCGGCAGGGUCUGGAGGCGUGAGGGGAAGGCAAUCAGGCCAGGUCCCUGGGUGGUUUCCUAGCGCCCAGAUGGGGAGAGGAAACCCAGGUGGCAAGUAGUAGAAAAGCCAGACAACCCAUCCUCCCCCAGUGGCAAGAGAGUGAAGGGCCCCAAGGCCACUGUGGCUCUAUGUGGAUGGGGAUGGAGAGCCAGGAUGGGCAGUGUGGUAGGUGGGGGGUGCUGACCCGGGAAGAAAGCAGUUGACCUGUAAGUAGAAGAUGGCUUUAUGAUUAAGACAGCACCAGAUUCCAGCAGGGUGUGCCCAGUGGCUCAGAAUCCCUUCCACUCAUUGUGUUCAAGUGUUCCUCUCUCACUUCCCAAACAAAAGGACCAGUGAUGUGCAAUGUCAGAGCAAUGGGGGGGUGUCAGGGAUGCAGCAGCACCGAUGUGAAGGGAGGUGUCCAGGCUGCAGAAAACAGCAUAGAGCCAGCGAUGGGGUGGUGUGAAAGCCACAAAGCCCGAGGAGAAACAUACAGACUUCCUGUGCAACUCCAGGAAGAGGAUGUGUUUGAGGACUGCCGUGACACCCGAGGGGAGCUGCUCAAGCUCAAAGGAGUGACACUGGUGAAUGACUGGGAGUCUUUAGGUGGUCAUAUUCUCACUGAAAACCAUGUGUCUGGAGUAAAAAAUAAAGAGGUUUAAAAAAAAAAAAAAGGAAAGUGUCU